UGCUGUUGGAUGGUGCCAGGCUCUCACCAUUCUCUCCCGCUCCAGUUUGUCCUGAAGAACUAUGGGGAGAACCCGGAGAACUACAACGAGGAGCUGCGGAAGCUGGAGGUGCUCCGGCAGAGCGCCGUGAACGUGCCCAGGGACUUCGAGGGCUGCAGCACGCUGAGGAAGUACUUUGGCCAGCUCCAUUACCUGCAGAGCCGGAUCCCCAUGGGCGCCGAGCAGGAGGCCGCCGUUCCCAUCGCAUGGACAGAGAUCUUUUCGGGCAAGACGGUGACUCAUGAGGACAUCAAGUAUGAGCAGGCGUGCAUCCUCUACAACCUGGGUGCGCUGCACUCCAUGCUGGGUGCCAUGGACAAGAGAGUGUCUGAGGAGGGCAUGAAGGUUUCGUGCACCCACUUCCAGUGUGCUGCUGGGGCUUUUACGUACUUGCGGGAUCACUUCCCCCACUCCUACAGCGUAGACAUGAGUCACCAGAUCCUCAACCUCAACAUCAACCUCAUGCUGGGCCAGGCACAAGAGUGUCUCCUGGAGAAGUCCAUGCUGGACAACAGGAAGAGUUUCCUCGUGGCCCGGAUCAGUGCCCAGGUUGUGGAUUACUACAAAGAGGCCUGCCGGGCUUUGGAAAACUCGGAGACUGCCUCGCUGCUGGGAAAGAUCCAGAAAGACUGGAAGAAAUUGGUUCAGAUGAAGAUCUACUAUUUUGCUGCUGUGGCCCACUUACACAUGGGAAAACAGGCCGAGGAGCAGCAGAAGUUUGGGGAAAGGGUCAUCUACUUCCAGAGUGCCCUGGAUAAACUCAAUGAAGCUAUCAAACUGGCAAAAGGCCAGCCGGAAACCGUCCAGGAAGCCCUGAGAUUCACCAUGGACGUAAUCGGUGGCAAGUACAAUUCAGCCAAGAAGGACAAUGACUUUAUCUACCACGAAGCUGUGCCUGCCUUGGACACCCUGCAGUCCGUGAAAGGUGCCCCGCUGGUGAAAGCCCUCCCUGUCAACCCCACGGACCCAGCUGUCACCGGCCCUGAUAUAUUUGCCAAGCUGGUUCCCAUGGCCGCCCACGAGGCGUCUUCGCUGUACAGCGAAGAGAAGGCUAAACUGCUGAGAGAUGUGAUGGCAAAGAUCGAAGCCAAGAACGAAGUGCUGGACCAGUUCAUGGACUCCAUGCAGCUGGACCCCGAGACCGUGGACAACCUGGACAUGUACAGCCACAUCCCCCCAAUCCUGAUGGAGAAGUGUGCCGCGCUGAGUGUGCGCCCGGACACGGUCAAGAACCUGGUCCAGUCCAUGCAGGUGCUCUCCGGGGUCUUCACUGACGUGGAGGCCUCCCUGAAGGAGAUCAGAGACCUCCUUGAGGAGGAUGAGGUUAAGGAGCGGAAGCUGCAGGAGCUGCUCGGGAGGAGCCCGCCACCGCAAGCAUCCCCUCCGUCCUCGGGGCUGGCUGAGGUCAGCAAGGAGUGCUCCAAGUACAUGGAGGUGCACGAGAAGGCCAGCUUCACCAACACGGAGCUGCACAAAGCCAUGAACCUGCACAUCGGCAACCUCCGCCUGCUCAGCGGGCCCCUGGAGCAGGUCCGGGCCGCGCUGCCCUCUCCCUCGCUGACCGAAGAUGACAAGCAGGUGCUGCAGAACCUGAAGCGGAUCCUGGCCAAGGUGCAGGAGAUGCGGGACCAGCGGACGUCCCUGGAGCAGCAGCUGCGUGAAAUGAUCCAGAAGGACGAUAUCACCACCUCACUGGUCACCACCGACCGCUCUGAGAUGAAGAAACUCUUUGAGGAGCAGCUGAAGAAAUAUGACCAGAUCAAGGUGUACCUGGAGCAGAACCUGGCUGCCCAGGAAAAUGUCCUGAAGGCCCUGACGGAUGCCAACGUCAAAUAUGCGGCCGUGCGCAAGGCCCUGGCCGAGGUGGAGCACAAGUGGAACACCACUGUUCAGACCUUGGUGGCCUCAUACGAAGCCUACGAGGACCUGAUGAAGAAAUCCCAGGAGGGGAAAGACUUCUACACGGACCUGGAGGGGAAAGCUGCCAAACUGCUCGAGAAGGCCCGGGCAGCCUGCCAAGCUGCUGAAGCCAACAGGCAGCAGAUCUUGGAGAAGGAGAUGAAGAAGCUGCCACCCCCUCGGCCCACAGCCCCCAAACCGGCCUUGCAGAAGAAGCCGUCGGAGCUGGAACUGGAGGCGUGGAUGUGUGUUGUCAGCCUUACGUCAGCCAUGCAGUCCCUGUGGCGUAGCUUGACAUCCCCAUUCGCUUGUGCCGACAAGGUGGCAGAAAUCAUAGGCAAGGUUCAGAGUAGCAGCAUGGGAACAAGAGCAAGGGGAAAAGUGGGCUUGCCCAGGACAGCUCAGCUGGUGGAGGAGAAGGGCAGAGCCCCGGUCAGGAGUCAAGGCCAGCCUCUGCUGCAGCCCACCAAGGCUGAUGCCAAGGAGGGCCAGAAGCCCAAGGCGGUGCAGCUCAUCGAGAACGACCCCUACGAGAAGCCGGAGCGCGUCCUGCGGCUCCUGGCGGAGCUGGACCGCUUCCGGGGCCUAGUGGAGCGCCUGGAGCGCCCGGGGCCCGGCGGCGCCACUGAGCUCGAUGCCGUCUGGAAGGAGCUGCAGGAUGCCCAGGAGCGGGAUGCCAGGCAGCUCUCCAUCGCCAUCGCCCGCUGCUACUCCAUGAAGAACCGUCACCAGGACAUCAUGCCCUACGACAGGAACCGUGUCGUCCUCUACUCGGGCAAGGACGACUACAUCAAUGCCAGCAGGGUGGAGGACCUAUCGCCCUACUGCCCGACCAUCAUCGCCACCCAGGCCCCGCUGCUCGGCACCGCUGCCGACUUCUGGCUCAUGAUCUACGAGCAAAAGGUCUCUGUCAUCGUCAUGCUGGUGUCGGAGCAGGAGCUGGACAAGGUAGGCUCUUCCCUGCCCGCCCAGUGCUGGUGCCGCGUGAGAGCUCGGCUGGUGAAGCACGCUGGCCCUGGGCUAGAGCUCUCUGCAGCCCUGAAGGAGGUGGAGGGAGGUUCCCUGUCCAUCUCGGUGCCUGUCGCCCUCUCCUCACGCAGCCAGGGUCAUGAGGGCAAAAGGCUGGCUCCCGCGCGGGGGGGGCCCCAGCCGGGGGUGCAGGGGCCCAUCACCCUCGUCCUCACCAGCCUCAAGGCCACCCCCACCCACGUGGAGAGGAUGAUCACGCUGCAGUACCGCGACCAGAGCCUCAAGCGCACCGUCAUCCACCUGCAGUUCACGUCCUGGCCGGAGCUGUAUGGCAUGGGGGCAGGGGACAGGGUGUGGGGGGCGGUGUGUGUGUGUGGGGGGGGCGGGAUGUGA